UCUAGCUUGCUGACAAAUACACAAUCCACUGGGGAAAAGAAGGACAUGUCAGCACUGAGAAAAAAGAAAAGGUGAUGAUAUACCUUUUCCGGAGCAUAAGUUAUUGGGCGUUGCAGCGGUGCUGCUGUGUUCCCAGAGCCUCUGCCUGCCUGCAGACGGGUGCUGCAGUGACCAACGCAGCAGCCACGACCACGGCCACGACCAAGAUGAGGGGGAGGAGAGGAGGAGCUGCGGCCAUUGGAGCGGCGCUGCUGUUCUUGGCCGCCGCCUCACUGGGAGCUCAUGCCAACACCGACUCAAACGAUGUGACAGCCCUCAAUGUCUUCUAUACAACAAUGAACCACCCACCCCAGCUGAAAAACUGGGUGUCACAAAAUGGAGAUCCCUGCGGGCAGUCAUGGCAGGGGAUCACUUGCUCGGGUUCCAGAGUGACAGCAAUAAACUUACCAGGCAUGAGUCUUAACGGGACUUUGGGCUACAAUAUGAACCUACUGACUGCACUAGUUCAGCUUGAUAUGAGCAAUAAUAAUCUUGGAGGCAGUGACAUUCCCUAUAAUCUUCCUCCAAAUCUUGAGAAAUUAAAUCUUGCUGGAAAUCACUUCACUGGAACCACACCAUACUCUAUUUCCCAAAUGGUCGCACUUAAGGAUUUAAAUCUUGCUCACAAUCAGCUCUCAACCAUUAGUGACAUGUUUAACCAGCUCACCAACCUAACAACAAUGGAUAUCUCAUUCAACACAUUUUCUGGUAAUAUUCCACAAAGCUUCAACUCUAUAACAAGUUUGAAAACACUUUAUCUGCAGAACAACCAAUUCAGUGGUACGAUAGAUGUCCUUGCCAAUCUUCCUCUCACUGACCUAAAUGUCGCGAACAACCAAUUCACCGGCUGGGUCCCUGAUAAGCUAAAGAAAAUAAGCAGUCUACAGACAACUGGAAACUCAUUUAGCAAUGGUCCUGCACCACCACCCCCACCAGCUACAAAUCCAACGCCAACGCCAACGCCAAUGCCUCAACGUCCUGCUCUUCCAAGUAGUAAUGACAACAAUGGCCCAUCCGGCAGUGGCAGCAAACACUCCAAACUACAAGGUGGUGCAAUAGCAGGAAUUGUUAUAUGUUUGCUGGUUCUUGGUGCAAUGUUUGCAUUCUUUGUGAUCAAGAGGAAAUCUUGGAAGUUGUCACGAGGACGAGAUCCCGAACAGAAGGAACCUCUCAGUCCCCUUGCAUCAGGAUUUAAACAGAUGAAGUCCAUCAAGAUCAUCUCAACUACUGGCAAGGAUCAAUUUCAGAAGACUGUUUCAAUGAGCUUAAAACCUCCAACAAAAAUUGACUUGCACAAGUCCUUCGAUGAAAAUGAUCUCACAACCAAGUCUGUUACAAGGAAGAUAAGUUUGUCUUCCAUCAAAAUACCUGCAUACACAGUUGCAGACCUGCAGAUAGCAACAGGAAGCUUCAGUGCUGACCAUUUCAUCAGUGAGGGAUCAUUUGGACGUGUUUUCAGAGCACAAUUCAACGAUCAGAAGGUCCUGGCUGUAAAGAAAAUCAACUUUUCUGCAUUCCCAGGCUAUCCUUCUGAUUUGUUCAUUGAGUUGGUUGCAAAUAUUUCAAGGCUAAAUCAUCCAAACCUUGCUGAGCUAGUUGGCUACUGUGCAGAGCAUGGGCAGUGCUUGUUGGUAUAUGAAUUCUAUCAAAAUGGUUCUUUGUGUGACUUGCUUAACCUAGUGGAUGAUCAAAGCAAACCGCUGUCCUGGAGUAGCCGUGUAAAGAUUGCUCUUGGAUCUGCAAGGGCAUUAGAAUACCUACAUGAAACAUGUUCGCCAUCUGUGAUCCACAAGAAUUUCAAGUCAUCAAACAUUUUACUGGAUAAUGAGCUGAACCCCCACCUUUCGGAUUCUGGUUAUGGAGAUCUUAUUCCUAACCAGGAAUUCCAGGAAUCCGAAGAAAACUCAGGAUAUAGGGCACCUGAGGUAGCCAUGUCUGGCCAAUACUCACUGAAGAGCGAUGUAUAUAGCUUCGGAGUAGUCAUGUUAGAGCUCCUCACUGGCCGCAAACCUUUUGACAGGUCCCGGCCACGGUCCGAGCAGUCGCUGGUCCGAUGGGCCGCCCCGCAGCUGCACGACAUCGACGCGCUGGACCAGAUGGUCGAUCCGGCGCUCCAGGGGCUGUACCAUUCCAAGUCCCUGUCCCGCUUCGCCGACGCGAUAGCCCUUUGUGUGCAGGCCGAGCCAGAGUUCCGGCCACCGAUGUCCGAGGUCGUCCAGUCAUUGGUCCGUCUCGUGCAGCGGGCGAACAUGACAAGGAUGUCCAGCAGCGAGAGCUACACCCGGCGCGACCGCGAAUCCGGUGACUGCGCGGUAUAAGCGUCACACUGUUGUACAUAGGCCUGAAAGUAUCCAGAGCAGAGAACUUUUGGUGGGUAGUAACAGUUGUACAAAUUUACAGUUUUGUUGCGGAGUCUUAGGGUUUAUUCUUGUUCAUCCAUCCCAGCAGCACCGAGUAGAUGCUGUCCGCCGUAGCUGUGUAGUACUAGUAAUCCAGUGACAGUUUUCUGCCGCGUUAUGGUUCUUCUUUGAAAGAAAAAUUCCUUGUGCAA